CGUUCGUUUAAAUUUACAUUCCAUUAUUUUUAUUUUAAAGAGUGUAUUUUUUCUGGAUUGAAAUUCAAACUAACUUCAUAACUUUGAAUAGUGUCAGAAAAAAAAAUUCUACCAUGAAUAAUCGACGAUUAAAAUCAAAAGCGAUUCAAUUAAAAUAUUCAGGAAUCGGACGAUCAAAUGUUCGAAAUAUGUCAACAAUCAUACCAUUAGAUUCGAGUAAUUUAAAUGAAAAUAAAGAAAAAAUGAUCAACGAUGCUAUUGAAUGUGUUCGAAAUGAAAUACCAAAAACAUUAAUGCAAAUGGAUGAAUUCUAUAAUGAAAUUAUCAAAUUUACUGAUGAUAAUUACGAUAAACCGAUGACCGAAAAUGAUUUUGCAAAUAUUCGUAAUGUAUGGCUGAAGAAAUUGGAAAAAUUCUGGCCAUUUGAUUGUGAAUCACAAUGUGAAUCAAAACAGAAUUCAAACAAAACUUUCAUCAAUGAUGAAAAAUGUCAUCCUUAUAGCGAAUGUGUUCGACAUUUAAACAAUCUACAUCAUCAAUGCUGCAAUCACUAUUCCUUUCUUGAAACGAUAACAAUUUUUCCUGAAAUUUCUUCAUCUACUAUGAUUUCAAAUGAAUUCAUAGUACGAUUUAGUGAUAGACUUCGUGCCAUAGUUAUUGAUCUUGCCGAAAAAUUAUUAAAAAUCAAUAUGGGUUUCUCUUUUCUAAUUCCAAAGACUGAAGAUAACGAAGAAAGCGAUAUUUCGAUCGAAAUUCUUGAUAGAGUUCUCGCUCUAACUUCAUAUGAUUGUAGUAUAGAUUUUGAUGAAAUUUUCAAUGAACGUGGUAAAUUGAUAAGAACAAUCAACGAACAUCCACAAUCAGAGGAAACUUGUUUCAUGUUAAAAGAAUAUGAUCACGAAACUUGUCUACAAAUACAAUAUGAAUUACAAAGCAUAAUGACACAAUGUUAUUGUUUAUACGAUGUAAUAAUUAAAAAUUUUGAUAAAAUUAUUAAAAGUAAACAAUCAUACAAACGUACCGAUAAUAAUAAUAUUAAUGAUAAUGAUAAUUAUAAUGAUGAUUAUCGUUCAGCAUUAUAUUCAUGA